AUGAGAGGCACCACUCUGUCUUUACUGUGGCUCGCACGCCUUGCUGCGGGUCAAAGUAGCUCGUCCACGGCAGCACCAUCCGUCGUUACCCUGACAGGAACACAAAGGCAGCUCACCGGCGGCGAGUUUGGCGGCACCGUCACAGUGCCCUCGGACUUCGAAGGUAGCACGUUCGCAACUUUGACCCGCGCACCUUCUGGGAGCACCGCGUCCGCCAACGCAACCGUCUCCGCGUCUUCAGAAGGCUCCGUCAUCGAAAUUGGCGGUGCAAACCGGACAAGGACACCAACUGGAUCCGGCACAGGCUCAGCAGCCCUGCCCCAGAACACACAAGCAUGCAACAACUACGUCGAGUUCUGCAACCGCAAGUACUCCAACAUCACAGAGGUCGCCGCCCACAACUCCCCCUUCACUACCCAGCGCAACAUAGCCCGUAACCAGGAAUACGAUGUAACUCAGCAGUUGAACGAUGGCAUCCGCAUGCUCCAGGGCCAGGCGCACUACGUCAACGGCACUCUCUACUACUGCCACACAUCCUGCGAUCUCCUCAAUGCCGGCACCGUCGAGGACUACCUGAAGAAGGUUGUGACGUGGGUCGAAGCGCACCCCUUCGACGUCGUAACCAUCAUCUUCGGCAACUACAACUAUGAGGACAAGGACAGCAACGGCAACCCCCUCGUCACAUCCUCCGACUUCGACGUCCCUAUCCGAUCCUCUGGCCUUAUCGACUACAUCUACCAGCCCCCAAAGACUGCCAUGGAGCUUGCAGACUGGCCCACUCUUGGACAGAUGUUGAUCCAGCAGAAGCGCGUUGUAACCUUUAUCGACUACAACUUCGAUACGGAUGCCGUGCCUUACUUGCUGUGGGAGUUUUACAACAUGUGGGAGACACCGUAUUCGCCCACCGACCUCAACUUCCCUUGCACGAUUGGGCGACCUGAUGGUGUGAGCAACGAUAAGGCCAAGGAUUUGCUAUACCUGGCAAACCACAACCUGAACGUUGAGAUUGCCAUCGCAGGACUGAACCUGUUGGUGCCCAACGUCGCCGCGACCAACAGCACCAACGGACUCGAAGGCGAAGGCAGUCUGGGCCUGAUGUCCAACCAGUGCACUUCUGACUGGGGCCGCCCACCAAACUUCCUCCUUGUCGAUUUCUACAACCAAGGACCGAUCAACGGCUCCGUCUUCGAAGUUGCAGCCCUCGCGAACAAUGUCACAUACACGCGCCAGUGCUGCGGUCAGGCCACCUCUCUGGCGACCGUCCUCUCCACACUCUCUGCAACAUACUUUGGACUCGUGCUUGCUGUUGUCGCGGCGUUGAUCAUGUAG